AAAAAAAAAAAUGAGAUAUAAUCUGUGUCUGUGGUUAUAUAUGAUUGUGUAACCGAACCAUAUUUUAUCAGUGUAUAUUUCCAAAAUAAACUAUAGAUUUAUCGGAUGGAAUAUAAAUCCAGUGAUAAAUUGCCUAUUUAAUAAAUUAAUUUCAAUCAAAACACUCAGUAAAUAGGUACUGGUAAUGGCUAUAAAUUUAUGGCGACUGUCCAGCCUCCUGAAACAAUCUAAAUUUUUCGGCUCUUCUAUCUCCAUCUCACGGAAUAUCUCAACUACAACCCCUAGUAUGGAAAAAGCUCUUGAAAAUUUACAAAAUAACCCUUAUUAUGAUAAGUAUGCUGAACGUAUUGCAGCAUUACAAAAAACUUCUCCAGAAGAGUUUUUACAUAGAAUAGAAGAACAGCAGAAAGCCAAGAAGGAUGAAAUGAAAAAGAAAUUUGCUUCCGUUGAUACUCGUCAAUAUUCUUCUGUGUUGCAACCAAAACAAGCUCUUGAGUCAGACAUUUCCAAAGAAGAGAAAAAACUCAGUGAUAUAUUUAAAAUAGAUUUAGUGCAGGACAAAGAAGCUUCAGAAAUACAAGAUAUUUGGGAGGCAUAUCACAAAAACAGAGAAGUAAUAUCAGCAACAGUCCCUAAGAACUCGUAUGAUGUCAUACAAGCGAACAUGAAAAAAUACCCAACUUUUCUAUUCCCUUUACCACGGUCACAAGGUUAUGAGUUCAUCAUGAGCCAGAGCUAUGGGAGCACAGUGCACUUCACACCACUGCUAGCAUACCAGGUACAUAAAGAGAAUGCUCCUGAAUGUUUGACCAUGGUCCACUACACAGAAUUAAUUCAGAAAGGAAUUGUACUUAUGAGGGGUGAAUAUGACAAGAAUGUGCUAACUGGUAAAGAAGCACAAUGCUUAGCAAAUCAGUUUCAAAUGUAUUACAGUGGUAACGACCAGAAUAAGCUGAAACUCUUGGAAAAUUUCACCAACAACCCUGAUACAUUCAAACACAUGGACCUUAUAGCACAGUUAGAAAAUAUAAGUUUAUUUUAAACAGUAUUCACUGCUUAAAAAUGUAAUUAAUAUAUUAUUGAUUUCAAAAUAUAAAUAAAUUAUGUUGUUA